AUGGAUCCGGAAUCCCCUCCAGCUGUAAGGGCUGGUGUUCUUCAUCGAUAUUCAGCAGGUCUAAACGCUUUUGAGUACGCAUCGCCUACAGCGAACAAGGCAAAACCCCAUGCAUUGCUUCUUAUUGCGGGGCUUUCGGACGGUUUGUGCACUGUACCGUUUAUGAAUGAUUUGGCUGGAUCCCUCGAAUCGACAAAUUGGUCAGUUUUCUUUGUCCAACUCUCAUCGUCUUAUACUGGAUGGGGGAUGAGCAGCCUUGAUAAGGACGUGGAAGAACUUGCGCGGUGUGUGGAAUAUGUCCAGGCCCUUAAAAUGCGGGAGAACCGGGACCUAUCGACAUCAGGGGAACCUGGUAAGAUUGUAAUAAUGGGACAUUCAACUGGGAGCCAAGAUGUUCUUCAUUAUCUCUAUUCCCGCAUUCCGGAGCAGACAAGGCCGGCGGUGGAUGGUGCUAUUCUCCAAGCACCAGUCUCUGAUCGGGAAUCUACCCUAUCUAUGCUCGAGACGGGAACCACUAAAGACUCUGCGGAGGUUGUAAGCGAAAUAUUUUAUGAGUUGGUCGAUGUUGCAAAGUCCAAUCUAAAUGAAAAAGACAAUGGUUAUAUCUUACCCAUCGCGUUGACGUCACGCAUCGGCUUCCCAUCGGACGUUCCCGUUAGCAGCAAGCGAUUCUUGAGCUUAACCAGCCCAGACAGCCCGGAAUCGCCGCUCGAGGACGAUCUUUUUAGCUCUGAUCUUGAAGAUAAACGAUUAGAACAGACUUUUGGUAUGAUUGGGAAAAGUGGCCGGUUAAGGAAAUCAAUCCUUGUUUUACCUGGAGGUUCUGAUGAGUAUAUUCCAGAAUGGGUGGACAUGGAGAGUUUGCUAAAGAGAUGGAAAAACGCUACUAAGGCAGGUAGUGACAAUCCUACCAUUUGGGAUGAUAAUAGCGGCGUUGUCCCUGGAGCAAGGCAUUCUCCCCAGGGUAAAUGGCAAGUUGAACCUUUACAAGACUUGCUAUCAAGGGUUCAAAAGUUCCUCACCAGCCUUGAGAGACCUUAG